AUGAACACAGUCAAAUCAGUGUACUACGGCUGGGCGACCCUCAUCGCCGCCGGCGGCGGUGCCUACUACUUUGCAAAGAAAUCCAUCAACGCCGACCGGGCUCAAAAAGCAGAAGCGGACCGCCAAAAGCGCACCCGCCAGCGCCAGCUCGAGCAAGCCCACGGCCUGCACGGCGAGACAUCAUCGAACCCCACCAUUUCCCCCAACGCAGUAGUCUCGUCGAACACAACUGCUCCUCGGAGCACAAGCGACAAGGGCGCAUUGGCGGGCCAGAUUAGACGGGAGGAUAGGGCGCAUGAAGAUAGCGGGAACCCGAGUUUGCAGGCGAGUCAGGAUCCGGCGGCGACGAGGCAUGCGCCGGAGACCGAGGGGAAGGAGAAGAGCAAGUAUGAGGCUAGCGAUGUGUUUAGGAGUAGGAAGGGAGACCGCUUCUCGUAA